AAGUCCACGCCGACCAACGAUCACCCAUACUCUAGUUCUAUUCUACACACCAGGGACAAUUUACAGAAGCCAAUUAACCUACAAACCUUUGGAACGUGGGCUGAAACCGCAGCAUCCAAAGGAAACCCACGCGGUCACAGGGGGAACGUACUGUCUAAACUGCACACAGACAGCAUUCCUAGUCAGGAUCGCCCCCGGGUCUCUGGUGCUGUAAGGCAGUAACUCUACUGCUAAACCAUUAUUAAGAUAUCUCUUGAACAAGAAUGAAACUCGAAUUCAAACAACAGUAAUUUUGUUUUCCAGGGCUACAGGGAAUUGUGUGAGAAUGAAUUGCGUUUUGGGAGAGCAAGUGAGCCAAAGGAUCUCAAUGCCCUUGAUUUUGCCCUGGGGAGUUUAUGAUCCCACUGACUCUGUCACUGUUUUGCAAAUGGAUGUCGGUGCUGCAUGAAUUGCACAAAUGCCACAGUCGUUUAAUAUGAGGAACGACUCCCAUACCGAACAUGAUAUCCUGAUUGGCCAAUCGAUGCAAAAUAUUAAACUCAACACAUUGUAUUUCAAUCUGCCAAAUACUUAUGAACACAAUGCCACUGAAAAUUGCCUGACGCAGGAAUAAUAGUGUGUGUGAAAAGGUUUGUGACAUUUUAUAUGCAUGCAAGCAUGGUGGAUUGCUGUUCCCACAUUUGUUGUAUGGUACCUCUAUCUUAAUGGAUAAUUUAAGUAAAAAGGAAAUCUUCAUUUUUAUAAUGAAACUUAAGUCAGGUAUUUUGCGCAGGGCCAUCACAUUCCUAAUUCACAAUUGUUGUGAACUGUUGAGAUUUACAUAUUUCCUCCCCUACAAUAUUUCCGACAAAACAUUAUCAUUCUGCACACUUAUAAGAUGAUAUCAGAAAACAGCAUUGGGCCUCAGCAGCAUCAUUGCGCUCUCUGUAUCAAUUAUUACUCGCUUUAUCUUCCUCCUUUAUGGUGCAAGUGACAGGAUAUUAGCUAAACUGUUUUGCAUUGACUUCAAAAUAAGUCAUUACAUGGAGCAUGAUGGCUCACCAGGAGAUAGUUGCAGAUAUUAAGAAGUCUCUCCCCUUACCCUCCCCCUCACCAACCUGCCUUCUGCGAGCAUUGACGUCAUGUGUGCUCCUUUAAGUUGCCAUGGUAACCUAUUCCCCAGGCCCUCUGUCUGUCUCAUCUGGUAGGUUCCACAGUGGUACAGCCAGCAUUGGACUGCACAAUGGUUUAAUACGGAUGAAGGCGGUGAUUCAGCAAAGUCUCUGCUCUCCAGCAGCUAUUUUCUUCCCUUCUGUCUCGCGACCGGUACUUCCUCUCCAUCCCGUUGUGCAUCCUUUUUUGUUUUGUUUUUUUUCUUUUGUGCAAAGCAAAAUGUUUUGAAUCCAAAUAGCGGUGGAGGAGUGUUGCCGUUCUGGGAUUGUCUACAGUUGGCACGGAAUGGUAUUUAUGAGCCGACAUUUCUUGUACUACAGCAGUGAACCUAUCCUGGAUGUGAAGAUUGCGUUUUGUCAGGUGUGUGUGUUCCUUACAGGUAAACAAGGGAUUUGAUAAACAAGUGGAUGUUUCAUAUAUUGCUCAACAUUACAACAUGAGUAAAAGCAAAGUGGACAACCAGUUCUACAGCGUAGAAGUAGGAGAUUCUACCUUCACAGUUCUCAAACGCUACCAGAAUCUAAAGCCUAUUGGCUCUGGCGCUCAGGGCAUUGUUUGUGCUUCUUAUGAUGCUAUACUUGAUAGAAAUGUGGCCAUUAAGAAACUCAGCAGACCAUUUCAGAACCAGACGCAUGCCAAACGGGCUUAUCGAGAGCUUGUACUCAUGAAAUGUGUCAACCACAAAAAUAUCAUCAGUUUAUUAAAUGUGUUUACACCCCAGAAAUCGCUAGAUGACUUCCAGGAUGUGUAUUUGGUUAUGGAAUUGAUGGAUGCCAACCUAUGUCAGGUAAUUCAAAUGGAACUGGAUCAUGAGCGAAUGUCCUACCUACUAUACCAAAUGCUGUGUGGCAUCAAGCAUCUCCAUUCCGCUGGCAUUAUUCACAGGGACCUAAAGCCAAGCAACAUAGUGGUAAAGUCAGACUGCACAUUAAAAAUUCUUGACUUUGGACUGGCAAGGACUGCUGGAACAAGCUUCAUGAUGACACCUUAUGUAGUAACCCGAUAUUACAGAGCACCAGAAGUUAUUCUAGGGAUGGGGUACAAAGAAAACGUCGAUAUUUGGUCUGUUGGGUGCAUUAUGGGUGAAAUGGUCCGCCACAAAAUCCUCUUUCCAGGAAGGGACUAUAUUGAUCAAUGGAACAAGGUGAUUGAGCAGCUGGGAACACCUUCUCCAGAGUUUAUGAAGAAACUGCAGCCCACAGUUCGUAACUAUGUGGAAAAUAGGCCCAAGUACACAGGGCACACUUUUCCCAAGCUCUUCCCUGACUGCCUCUUCCCAGCUGACUCCGAGCACAAUAAGUUAAAAGGUAAGGCGAGACCCAGCCAGGCCAGAGAUCUCCUGUCCAGGAUGUUAGUAAUUGAUCCUGCUAAACGGAUAUCGGUGGAUGAAGCCUUACAACAUUCGUACAUUAACGUGUGGUAUGACCCAGUCGAAGUUGAGGCGCCUCCUCCCCAGUUCUACGACAAGCAACUUGAUGAAAGAGAGCACAGUAUAGAUGAAUGGAAAGAAUUAAUCUACAAAGAAGUGAUGGAUUUUGAGGAGAAGACUAAAAAUGGUGUUGUGAAGGGACAACCAUCUCCCUCAGGUGCAGCAGUGAAUAGCAGUGACAGCCUUCCUCCAUCCUCAUCAGUAAACGACAUCUCGUCCAUGUCAACGGAUCAGACCCUCCCAUCGGACACUGACAGCAGCCUGGAAACUUCAGCAGGACCCCUCUGUUGCAGAGAUGUUUGCAGACGGUUCACUUCAGGAAGUUUCUCCUAGACUGUCUGGGUGGAAUACUCCGUUUAUGGAAAGUUAUGUUCAAACUUCUACGGUUACAAAGUUAAAAGUUCAGAAUUAAUAAAAAUGCAGCAUCCUUGCAUGUGUCCUCCCUGAGGCUUCUGUCAUGCAGUCAUAUAACAAAGAUGCCUCCUAUAUAGCUGUUGGCAUGAAAUCUAAGAGUACAUAGAAUGCUUCUUUUUCUGAAGGUACGUGAAGCAUUGUUUAAGUCUAUUAACAAAGAGAGGGGCUACUGUAAAGUUUCCUGGAGCUGUCAAUCAUUCACCAAUCAUUUUUUACAAUGAUCAUCUUCAGCAGAAUGUAUGUCUCUUCCCCUCAUGGCAUUGUAUUUUCACUUUUUUGGAAAAUGAGGGGCUUGUAUAAGUUGCUGAAUCACUCGAAUAGCAGUAACACCCUGCUUUCCAGUCAAUGUGGAGUGUUAGUGAGUCCCAUCAUAAAUGAAGGGAGUGGGGUAAUUUAGGGUGUGGAGAGGGAAUGGCAAUGCUAUUUUGUCCCAGAACAAACCAUACCCUGAAUAGUUGAAAUGAGAUGUCUAUUAUCUUUAACCAGCAAUGAUGGUGAUAGGUGCAAACUAUCAAAAAUGACAAAUUUGAAUAAAGAACCUUCCAACACCAGAUAUUGCCUUUCUAAGCUUGGUAUGAAUAUCUAACAAACUGACUGUGAAAGCAAAGCAGUUGGUUGUCCAGUUAAUUAGAUAAAGGAUGAUUAUUUAAUGACUGCCAUAUCCUUGUUGAUGGUGAGGAGACUUUCACAAUUUCUUGUUUGUGGAAGACUACAAAGGAGAAAAGUAAUAACUGGAUGUGACAGCUCUAUUGGGACGGUUUGCAUAUCUUUCCGAAUCCGGAAAGGGGUUUACAAAAAAAAACACGUUUUGUUUGGGGAAGAGGAUUUUGUAUUAAAAAUAAUGUUAAAAAAUAUUUUAAUGAGACUUCUCAAUACCAUUUGUCGUUCUAACUCAGAAUAUGUUCAUAAUGUCCAGAUAUUUUCACAUAACAGCAGUGCAAUAAGAUUUCUCUCUGAGACCGCACUAUUAUGAUGAGGUCAGCUGCAGUCACAACUGGAAUCUGAUGUGAUGACUUGUGUCAGGUUUGGUUUUAAACAAACUCCGGUGGUUGCUUGUUAUUUUGUACUGUUUGUGAUCAACUUUGUUAGGAUGUAAGGAUGAGAUAAGUGUCUGAACUCAACAUCAGUGCUUAGGAAGACGGUCCUCAAGGUCCAGCUCCAGGAUGCGACCUGACUUUUAAAAUCAAGGCUGGACAGGAAAUAAAGCACUCAAGAUUUUAAAGCUACUAUGUAUGUAGAAAAUAUAUGUAUGUGAUUUAAAAAACAAUAAAAUAUGCCUUUAAAAUGGGAAA